AUGGGGAACCAACUAAUUUGUAAAAGAAGAAAAUUAAGGUCGAAGAGAAGGCCAACUGGUUUUGUUCAUCAUCAAACGUCGCACUCUCAUGUUGGAAUAAGAACUGUUGGUGUUGAUAAAGCAUGUAACUUCACCACUCCAAAUCUCUGCAUCUCUAUAGUCACAUGGAAUAUGAAUGGCCAGGUUUCCUUUGAAGAUUUAGCUGACGUGGUUGGUGGAAACCAUGACUUCGAUCUUCUUGCUGUUGGCUUGCAAGAAGCUCCAGGAAAAAAAGUUGCAACUAUGCUUUCAACAGCUUUGGAUGAAACUCACACCCUAAUAGGUAAAGUUACAAUGCAAUCUUUGCAGUUGUUCUUGUUUGGACCAAAGAAUGCAGGAUCAUUCAUUCAAGAAUUGAAGGUGGACAAACAAUCUAUUGGGGGAUGUGGAGGAGUAAUCGGUAGAAAGAAAGGCGCGGUAGCCAUUCGUAUUAACUACAAAGGAAUACGUAUGGUGUUCAUCUCCUGCCACCUCUCUGCUCAUGGUUGCAAUGUGAAAGAAAGAAAUGCUGAAUGCAGGCAUAUAUCACACACUCUCUUCUCUAAGAAUUGGAAUCCGUAUUCUAGACCAUCUCAUGUGACAAUUUGGUUAGGAGAUCUCAACUAUAGGCUUCAAGGGAUUGAUACAUACCCGGCUAGGAACCUAAUAGACAAAGACCUUCACUAUGAGCUGCAUGGUAAUGAUCAACUCUUGCAACAAGCUGCAGAAGGACAAAUUUUCAAUGGAUUUUGUGAGGGGACAUUGACAUUCAAGCCAACAUAUAAGUAUAAUAAAGGAAGUAGCAAUUAUGACACAAGUUACAAGGUUCGAGUACCAGCAUGGACAGAUCGUAUACUGUUCAAGAUAGAAGACUCAGACAACAUAGAAGUAACCCUACAUUCUUACGAGUCGUUGGAUCAAAUAUAUGGUUCUGAUCAUAAGCCAGUAAAGGCACAUAUCUGCCUAAGACUUCGUCAACAUCAAAAUGAAUCCUAA